AUGACAGUCUUUAAUGACUUACAUUUCGGUGAGGCUGAGAACACAGACUGGGGCCCUCUGCAGGAUGUGGAUACACUGUUGGUGAUGGAGACUGUGUUGAAGAAGGAGUCCCCCCAGCUUGUGGUCAUCAACGGAGAUUUCAUCACUGGCGAGAAUACGUUUAAGAAGAACUCAACCGACUACGUUGACAUGGUUGUCUCGCCUUUGGUUGCCCGCCAUCUUCCAUGGGCAUCGACUUAUGGCAACCAUGAUUCGGCAUACAAUCUUUCCUCUGAAAACAUCUACGAAAGAGAGAAGACAUAUAAGAACAGUCUGACGAAGAAAAUGGUUCAAAACAAAAACGCUGGUGUCUCCAACUACUACUUGGAGGUCAUGUCCAACAACAAGCGUGAUUCUACGCCUGCCAUGAUUCUCUGGUUCUUUGACAGCCGGGGCGGAAACUACUACCAGGAAGAAGAAGCUGACGGUUCGGACGUUGCCCGACCAAACUGGGUCGAUCAAAGUGUAGUCGACUGGUUUGUAGCCACUAGAGCUCAACUGACCAAGCGCUACAAAAAGACCCUACCUUCAUACGCCUUUGUUCACAUCCCCGUCGGUGCCAUGUAUGGUUUCCAGCAGGAAAAGGGCGUCGAUGAACACAAAGAGCCUGGAAUAAACGCUGAUAACCCCCUCUCUCAACAAGGCGUGCAGUCCCCGCUGUUCAACGCCACCACGAGUUUCGAGUAUACCGGCCAGGACAAGGCUUUCAUGAAGGCCUUGUUGGACACUGAGAAUCUUAUGGGCGUCUUCAGCGGCCACGAUCACGGCGACGACUGGUGCUUCAAGUGGGAUAAGAACCUCAAGUUUUUGGACUUGACGGGCAACGGCCUUGUCUUUUGCUUCGGCCGCCACACUGGAUAUGGUGGCUAUGGCUCUUGGACUCGAGGAUCGCGACAAGUUCUGGUUGAUAUCAAGGACCUUGGAAAAUCCACCAAGACUUGGACUCGACUAGAGGAUGGCACUUCUGUUGGUGCUGUCACGCUGAACUCAACUUAUGGAAAGGAUGUCUACCCUCAGGUCCAACUGACAUAUACUAGCGAGGACAAUGAGGGAGUUCCGUCCACGACUGAUUAG